AUGGCCGAGGGGGCGAUCCGGCCGUGCCGCGCCGAGGACUGCGCGCAGGUCGUGCGCCUGAUUCGGGAACUGGCAGAAUUUGAGAACCUGUCUGAGCAGGUAAAAAUCAGUGAUAAAGAUUUUUGUGAAGAUGGGUUUGGCCAGGUCCCCUUCUACAAAUGCUUGGUGGCCGAGGCACCCCCAGAGUGCUGCAGUGGGGAUGGACGCACGAUCGUCGGCUACGGCCUUUAUUUCUUCACUUACAGUACCUGGAAAGGAAGGAACAUUUAUAUGGAAGAUCUCUAUGUGAUGCCAGAAUUUCGGGGAAAAGGCAUCGGGAAGAAGCUCAUGAGUGCAAUUGCUCAGGUCGGCUUGGAGCAGGGCUGCACCCAGAUGAGGUUUGCAGCGCUGGACUGGAACCGCUCGGCCAUCGACUUCUACCUGCGCCAGGGGGCCGCGGACCUGACGGCCAUGGAGGGCUGGCACUUCUUCCGCUUCGAGGCCGAUGCCAUGCAGGGGCUAGCCCUGGGGAAGCCAGGAUCGGACCGUGCCCCCGCACACAUGUGA